AUGUACCCCGGCGGCCCGAACCCAACGCAGGUGCAGUACGCCCCCGCGGGGCCGAAAGACCUCUUGCCGCUGGUGCUCAUCCACGACGGCGGCGGCACCACCUUCAGCUACUUCCUGCUGGGCAGCCUGGGCCGCGACGUCUGGGCCGUCCACAACCCCAAGUACUUUGACGGCGCGGCCUGGGACGGCGGCCCGGACGAGAUGGCCCGCACCUACCUCGACUUGCUGCAGCGCGAGGGCCUCGCCGGCCCGGUCCUCCUCGGCGGCUGGUCGCUCGGCGGCUUCCUCGCCCUGGCAAUGGCGCACCUCGUCGCGCAGAACCCGCGCGCGUACGCCGUCUCCGUCGCGGGGCUGCUGCUCAUCGACUCGCCCUACCACGUGGCCAGGCGGAGGGUCACGGUGCCGACGGGCCCGCCGCGGCUGGAGGCCCUGCCCGACCUGGUGGCCAGGGCCUUUGCCAACUGCGACGCGAUGCUGCACGAGUGGGAGCUGCCGCGCUGGAGCGGGAGCAGGAGGAGCAAUGCCGCCGGGGCGGCGGCCCUGGGACUCGCCCUGCGGCCCCGGGAGGUGCCUCACCGGGCAGCCGGGGCGGAUGCCUGGUCGGCCGUCUCCGCCAGGACCUACGCCGGCCGAGGAGACGAGCGAGGGGGAGAGGGAGGGGAUGAGGCAGGAGCAGGGGCAGGGGCAGGGGCAGGGGCUGGGCCCGUGGCGGAGGGGCCGCCGCCGCCGGGCGUGCUUGUCCGGUGCACCAGGUACGCCGCUUGCGCGGGGGACGGCGACGCCUCCGCUUCCUGCCUGGUCGACGUGUACCGCGACGAGCGGCUUCUGGGCUGGGACGGGCGCUACCCGGACUUUGUGGCGGCGGUGGUGGACGUCGACGCCGACCACUACGGCGUCUUUUCCAGGGCCGACGAGCAGGCCAUGGCGAGGCUGACGGAGAGGGUGAAUCUGGGGCUGGGCCUGCUGGACGCGCUGCAUCGCGAGGCCGGACGCUGA